AUGAAAUCUGCCGUUAUAUCCUCUGCUUUGCUUGCCGCAGCAGUGGCUGCAGCUCCAACUGCUCGAACUACUCAGCCUCAAGGCCCCUCUCUCAUGUACCUCAAUGGACAGCCAAUCAACCAGCCAGACGUUCCGGGACCGCAUGGCGUCUGCGACGGCAAUAUCGACGUUGCAACUUGUGCGAAGACGAUUGCUGGUAAUUGGACGCUUUCGAGUACGUUCAGUACGGAUCCUAGUCAACUUCAGGUGCCCGCCGAUUGUACACCCUUGGGUUCGGGUAUUGCGAACGCUUGUACCAUCAUGCUUCCCUACCUUGCGAACUUCGAUAAUUGUAGGCUGACGGAUCCGAUACUUAGCCAGGUGUCUAAAGAUGGUGCUCAAUACUGUAAUACGGGUGGUGAUUGCCAGCUCCAGAUGAUGUUCGAAACUACGACAACAGAUACUACCUCUGAAGGAUACCAUGUUGGAACUAAGAUCAGUGCCACAGGCAGUGUUGGAUUCUUCUCUGCCUCCGUUGAGGUUUCAGGAGAUUACAAUAAGAAGUGGAGUGAUUCCACUUCAACCAGUGAGUCCGAAACUAGAACAUACGACCUUAAGCCUGGGGAUAUCUGCAAUCCUACUACGGUUCAAUUCGGCACCCAGUGUGAUGCUCAUCCUCGUUCGAUUAUCGAUCCUGUGGCGCUUGGCCUUCCCGCUCAAGAUGCUACAGACCUCGUCUAUGUCAACUAUCAAGGGCCCGGACAGUUUGACGCCGUUUACCAUUAUUGUCACGACGAACUGAACACGAAAGAGAACCUCGGCAAGUACUAUAUGUAUGACUUCGUCGACGGUGGCUCCAGCGUCGUCUCGACCUUCUGCGCUGCGAUGUCGGGUGAUGGAGCCGUGACCAUGGAUGUCAAUUCUGAGUCCGGGCCGUGGCGUUUACAAGGCUGCAUGUUCUCCUAA